ACGCAUGCGCAGUGAAAUUGAAUUCUGACUUCCGUCAACAAACGCCAAUAAAUAGUUUAUGUUGCACGCGUACGCUGUCUGAAUAGGCAUACAUCGGAGUGCUUUGUGUAAUGGACGAAGAGGCACUGGAACGACUAGCAGUUGAGGAGAUACUUAAAGAAACAAAAAGAGGAGCUGAAAGAGCCAAAGAAUUUGGUGCAUUGGGAUGGCAGAAGCCAGCUGUUCCAUCAACAAACAAGAGAUUCCUGACCAACAUGAUUCUCAGUUCUGUAAAUGACUCGAACAGAAAGAAAAGAAAACAUUCAAAUGAUCGAAAUUCACCUAGGGAGGAUAACUCUGAAAAUAAAUUAACAAUUGAAAAGGACAGAGAUUCAUACAGUCAUCAGUCUGAAAAACAUAAUCACAAGAAGAAGAAGAAAAAACAUCGUCAUUCUGAUGAAAUUCCCAAAAGUAAACACAAACACUCCUCAAAGAAGCACAAAUCUGGGCAUAAACACAAGAAACACCACAGACACAGAGACAAGGUGAAAGAAUGAGUGAUAAACAGGGAGAAUAGACAAGGUGGAAGAAUGAGUGAUAGACAGAGAGACAGGACAAGGUGGAAGAAUGAGUGAUAGACAGGGAGACAAGACAAGGUGAACGAAUGAGUGACACAUGUACAGUUGACUACUGGACAAGGUGAAUGAGUGAGUGUCAUAUAUAGGAAUAAAUAGAGUAAGGUUUUGGAGGAGUGAGUGAUUGCAAGAGAGAAAGAAUAGAAAACGGAGAUAUUGAGUCAGAGGGAUACUGGUAGAUUAUAUGAGAAUCAGAAAGUUAGAAUUUGUUGGUGAAGUAAAAGGUAAUAGCUAGCUAUAUAGGGUACAUCAGGAAGUGGAUAUAUGGAGUAAUGAAUCCUAACCAGGGUCUACUUAUGUAAGGAGGUCUAUAAUGCUGUGUUAUAGUAAUUAUGGAUGGUAGGCAAUGUAAAGAUUUAAGGUGUAUUGUCAGAUGGAAAGCAGACAAAACUUAUUUUUUUCUGAAAGGAAAGUGUGGUUCAAAAAGACAGGAAUUUAUACUUGACACAUGUACUUUACCUGGUUAAUACUCACAUAUAUAUAGAACUCGUUUAUUGUUUGACAGAAUUAGAUAACAAAGAAAAGGGUCAAUUACAGUUUUAUUUUUGUAGAUUGAUUGUCACCUAAAGAAAAGAGCCAUGCAAAUUUUUUGUAUUCAUUUAUAAAACAAUUUCAAUCGUCCAAUACGUCCAAUACAAAUGUCAUUUCAAAGAUGACAAAAAUUGAAGGAUAUUAUAAGCAAUCCUUAAUUUGAAAUUGAUGUGAGUAAUUUCAUGAUAUUCCUUAAUAGUUUAUUUUUUAGCUGUUAAAUGACCUGCCCAAAGGGCAAGUGAGCUUAUGUCUUGGUGCAGCAUCCAUUGUCCGUCUAGCGUCAACUUUUCUUUUAAAUAACUUCUCAAAAACUGUUAAGCACAGAUACCUGAUAUUGGUCAUGUGGCAUGCUGGGAUGAAGGGCUACCAAGUUUGUUCAAAUGAAUAAACUUGACAUAUAUUCAACGUCACAGGAGUCAAAUAGGCUAAAAUCUUAAAAACAACUUCUUCUCAAUAAACAAGGCCCAGGGACUUGGUAUUGGGUCUAUAGCUUGCUGGUGUGAAGGGCUACCAUGUUAUGGUAGUUCAAAUGAAUACCUUUACGUACAUUCAAGGUCACAGUGGUCAAAUAUGUCAAAAUAUUAAAACAAUGAUUUCUUGAUAACCAAGAGACUCCCCAGAUCUGAUAUUGGGCCAAUAGUAUGCAUGAGUGAAUUAAGGCUUACAAAAUUUACUUACAUGAAUAAACCUAGAUAGCCUUCUCUAAUAAUUUAAUAAGUGAUAAUUAGCAUUUAUUAGUAUCUACUGUACAUAUACAUUACCUAGAUCAACUUGAAAGUUGCUCUAGUAGCAGAUGAGCAAUUCAGGCCCAUUGGGCCUCUUUUUAUAUUGAAUAUCUGUUUAGUUUCCCUAAUGUAAAUGACAUUGGUAUUUUAUUGUAUAUGUGUCAAACAGAGUUAUCUUCCUUAAGUUGUUAACAGCUUAAUUGCUAAAUUGUUCAAGGUGUAACUAUUUGUUAAGUAAAGAGAAUUUUCAUCCAGAAA